AAAUCAUUUGAAGUUGUUAGAAAACUUAAAAAGAAAAGAUCCUCCAAUUCUAACAAGCAAUGAAAUUAUAGCUGCAACUGAAGAAGUUGAACGUCUUACAAAUUUUCUCAAAGAAGAUAUUGCUGUUGCAAAGAGCAUAAAUCAUACGGAAAAGCUUUUGGAUAUCGAGGUAACACCAUACACUCAACUUCAUUCAAUGGUUGCAGCUAGUGAGCCAUUUGACCGAUUGUGGCACAUUGUUCGUGAUUUUCAUAACUACUAUGAAGUAUGGUUCAAUGGGCCUUUUUAUGAUUUGAAUGCAAUAGAAAUAAAAGAAAUAGUUGAUGAUAUGUGGAAAAAUCUUUAUAAAUUAGCCAGAACUCUUCAGGAUUAUCCUGGUUCAAAAAGAGUGGCAGAAAUUAUUCGUGGUAGAGUAGAUAACUUUAAAAAGUAUUUACCUGUACUGGAGACAAUUUGCAAUCCGGGUAUUCACGACAGACAUUGGGCAGAGAUCAGUAAAAAUGUUGGUGUAGAUUUACAUCCGAAUGAUUCAUCAACACUUUCUGAAAUGAUUGACAUUGGUUUACUGAAUUACAUUGAAAAACUUGAAGAAAUUAGCGUGAUAGCAUCUAAAGAAUAUUCUCUUGAGCAUAAUCUUCGAAAAAUGAAAGAAGAAUGGUUAACUAUUGAGUUUAAAUGUAGUCCAUAUCGGGAUAGUGGUGUUAGUAUAUUAACAUCGUUGGAUGACAUUCAGGUUAUGUUAGAUGAUCAUAUACUCAAGGCCCAGACAAUGCAUGGGUCAGUGUAUAUAAAACCGUUUGAAACAGAAAUGGAUGCAUGGGAAAAAAAAUUAAUUUUGAUGCAAGAAAUUUUAGAUUUAUGGAUUUCUGUGCAAGGGAUUUGGAUGUAUUUAGGCCCAAUAUUUAGUUCUGAAGACAUAAAUCGUCAAAUGCCGGAAGAAGCAAGAAAUUUUAGAGCUGUAGAUUCUAUUUGGCGUCAAAUUAUGAUUCAUACUGUUAAUAAUCCAAAAGUUCUGGAAGCUACUAAUUAUCCAAAUAUGUUACAACUUCUCAAAAAUUGUAGUAUUAUGUUUGAGCAAAUACAAAAAGGCUUAAACGAAUAUUUGGAAAAAAAACGUUUAUUUUUUCCACGAUUUUUCUUUUUAUCAAAUGAUGAACUUCUUGAAAUUUUAUCUGAAACUAAAGACCCUCUACGAGUACAACCACAUCUUAAAAAAUUAUUUGAAGGUAUUUCCAAAUUAAAUUUUACAAAAAGCAUAGAGAUUGUGGGAAUGAUAUCGGCAGAUGGUGAAGUAGUAGCCCUAAAUGGAAUAAUUUAUCCUGCCGAUGCUAAAGGCUUAGUUGAAAAAUGGUUAAUUCAAGUUGAAAUUUUAAUGAUGCAAUCAAUAAGUGAAAUCAUCAAUAAUGCGGCAAAAGAAUACAGUAACUCUCAGCGUGUUGUAUGGGUACUUAAAUGGCCAGGAAUGGUAGUUUUAUGUGCUGCAAGUAUCAAUUGGACUUCUGAAGUAGAAACUGCUAUUGUACAAAAUUCACUAUUAAAAUAUUUAAAUAAAAGUAAUAAACAAAUUCAAGAUUUAGUAAAUUUGGUGCGUGGCACGUUGAGCAAAGGUGAAAGGGCAACAGUAUGUGCUUUAAUAGUUAUAGAUGUUCAUGCUCGUGAUGUAGUUAAAAACCUUAAUAGUCUAAAAGUAAACAAUCAUCAAGACUUUAAUUGGAUUAGUCAGCUCCGAUACUAUAAUAAAGAUUCAAAAACUACUGUGUCAAUGAUAACUACUACUCUGGACUAUGGUAAUGAAUACUUGGGUAAUACACCAAGAUUAGUGAUUACUCCAUUAACUGAUCGUUGUUAUAGAACGCUUAUGGGCGCAUUAAAAUUAAAUCUUGGUGGUGCUCCAGAAGGCCCAGCUGGUACGGGAAAAACUGAAACCACUAAAGAUUUAGCUAAAGCAGUAGCUAAACAAUGUGUUGUGUUUAAUUGUUCUGAAGGACUUGACUUUAAAGCUAUGGGAAAAUUUUUUAUGGGAUUGGCUCAAUCUGGAGCAUGGGCAUGUUUUGAUGAGUUUAAUAGAAUUGAACUUGAGGUAUUAUCAGUUAUUGCUCAGCAAGUGAAUACUAUACAGAUGGCAAUAAAAGCUAAAAAAGAAAAAUUUAUUUUUGAAGGUAUAGAGUUGACAUUAAACCCUACUUGUUCAGUUUUUAUAACAAUGAAUCCUGGAUAUGCUGGACGACAAGAACUACCUGAUAACUUGAAAGUAUUGUUCCGUACAGUUGCUAUGAUGGUUCCAGAUUACGCUAUGAUUGGUGAGAUAUCACUAUAUUCUAUGGGUUUCAGUAAUGCUAGGAGUUUGGCUGAAAAAAUUGUUGAUACAUAUAAAUUAUGUUCAGAACAAUUAUCAUCUCAAUCACAUUAUGAUUAUGGAAUGAGAGCAGUAAAAUCUGUUUUAACAUCUAUAGAAAACUUAAAAAUGAAAUAUCCUGAUAAGAAUGAAUCUCAAAUUGUAUUAAGAGCUAUUUAUGAUGUCAACAUGCCUAAAUUUACAUCAGAGGAUGUAUCACUUUUUAUUGGUAUUUAUGGAGAUUUGUUUCCUGGUGUCGAACUAUUGAUACCGGAUAGAGAAGAGCUUAUUAAUAAAAUAAAAGCAAAUCUAGUGAAAAGAAAUUUACAAUCCACCGAGUGGUUUAUUGAAAAAAUAAUACAAAUAUAUGAGAUGAUAUUAGUUAGACAUGGACUUAUGGUAGUUGGUGAACCAUUGUCUGGAAAAACGUGUGCAUAUCAGGUUUUGGCAGAAUCGUUAGGAGACUUACAACUGGACCGCAAAGCUACUAUGAAAGAAUUUAAAACUAUAUAUAAAAUUAUCAAUCCAAAAUCCAUUACUCUUAGUCAACUAUAUGGAUCAUUUGACGGAGUCUCACAUGAAUGGCACGAUGGAGUCUUACCAAUUAUAUUUCGUGAGUUUGCGUGUAGUACAACUAAAGAACGAAAAUGGAUUGUAUUUGAUGGGCCGAUUGAUGCAAUAUGGAUAGAAAAUAUGAAUACAGUAUUGGAUGAUAAUAAAAAACUAUGUUUGAUGUCUGGAGAAAUUAUUCAGAUGAAUAAUAAAAUGAACAUGGUAUUUGAACCUGCUAAUUUAGAACAAGCUUCUCCUGCAACUGUAUCUCGUUGUGGAAUGAUUUAUGUAGAACCAAAACAGCUCGGUUGGCGUUCGUUUUGGUUUUCAUACAAACAAAUUCUUUGGCCGAAACUUCUGCCAGAUAAUCAAAUUAUGAUGGAUCAAAUGAUUGAAUGGUUGGUACCUGCCAUAUUUGAUUUUAUAUACAAACAUUGUAGUUUGUUUUUAAUUACGUCUGAAAAUCAUAUGUUUAAUUCUUUUAUUAGGCUAAUUAAAUGUUUGAUUGAAGAAGAAACCGGAGGUGGAAUUGGAUCUAUUUGGCUAGGAUGUAUAACAAUUUUUUGCUUAAUUUGGAGUCUUGGUUCUACAAUUAAGGGCAAUGAUCGAAAUAAAUUUGACACUUUUAUCCGGAAACUUAUUCUUGGAAAUAUUGACCAAUAUCAAAAACCAGUUACUUUCAAAUUGUCAAAAAACAAACUCUUUCCAGAUGUUGGUACAGUUUACGACUAUGUAUACGAUAAAAAAAAUAAUGGUUCUUGGAUUCUAUGGUCUGAAAAAUUAGAUUUGAAAAGAAUUCCUCCAGACUCUAAAAUAAAUGACCUAAUUAUUGGAACAGAUGAAACUGCAAAACAGCAGUAUUUUCUUCACAUGUUAUUAAAAAAUGGAAUUCCUUUAUUAUUUGUUGGGCCUACUGGUACUGGAAAAUCAGUUUUAGUGCUCGAUUACUUAUUACACUUACCAAAGGAAAAAUUUUUAGCCAAUGUUCUUAACUUCUCAGCUCUAACAGCAGCUAAUACAGUACAAGAUAUAAUAAUUUCGAAAUUAGACAAACGAAGAAGAGGAGUAUUUGGACCAUCAGUUGGUAAAAAAUGUAUGUUAUUCAUAGAUGAUUUAAGCAUGCCACUACCUGAAAAAUAUGGUGCUCAGCCACCAAUAGAAUUAUUAAGACAAUGGAUUAAUCAUAAUCAUUGGUAUGAUCUACAAACAAUGUCAAGAAUAGAUAUGCUUGAUAUGUUAUUUAUUGGUGUACUUCAACCUCCUGGGGGUGGUUCAAAUAAUGUUACUACACGUUUUACAAGACAUAUGAAUACUAUAGGUAUAGAUUCUUUCAGUCAAGAAACUAUGUCCAAAAUAUUCAAUAAAAUUGUGGAGUGGCAUGUUAAUAAAGGAUUUCCUGAGACUAUAUCAUUGCAAGGAAAAAGUCUUGUAGAUGCCAUAUUGUUUGUAUACAAAGAAGCAGUCUCGACAUUUUUACCAACCCCAGCAAAAUCUCAUUAUACUUUCAAUCUUCGUGAUUUUACCAGAGUUAUAAAAGGCAUAAUUUUGUUACCCUCAUCUCGAUGUAAAACACUUGAAAAAAUGUUCCGGCUCUGGACCCAUGAAACAUGGCGUGUGUUUGGAGAUCGAUUAGUCAAUGAUGAUGAUCGAGUUAAAUUAUUUGAUAUAAUGAAAAUUGCAUCGUAUAACUGUUUAAGACAGCCAAUGGACCUUUAUCUUAGUGAUCUAAUGCCAGUUGAAGAAAGUUUUUUAAAUUUCAAUCAUUUACGAAAUUUAUUUUAUGGUAAUUAUAUGGAUCCAGAUAGUGAUACAAAAAUAUAUGAUGAAAUUCAUAAUGAAAAGCAACUAAUCCAACGCAUGGAAUAUUAUUUAAAUGAAUAUAAUACUAUUUCUAAAAAUCCAUUAUCGAUGGUGAUGUUCAAAUUUGCCAUUGAACAUGUAUCUCGUAUAAGUAGAGUCUUGCAACAAGACAAUGGUCAUUUGUUAUUAGUCGGAAUAGGUGGUAGUGGAAGACAAUCAGCUACAAAACUGGCAACCUUUAUAGCAGAUUUUAAAAUAUUCCAAGUGGCAAUAGGAAGGAAUUAUGGUAGAAAUGAGUGGAAUGAAGAUAUGAAAAAAGUAUUAAAAUAUGCUGGAUGUGAAGGAAAACCUAUUACAUUUUUUUUGUCUGAUAAUCAAAUCACAAAUGAAAGUUUUGUAGAAGAUAUAAGUAUGUUACUAAACAUUGGAGAUAUACCAAAUCUGUACCAGUCUGAAGAACGAAUUGAUAUUUUAGAUAAAGUUUCUAAUAUUGCUCAGAGUCAGGGAAAAAAAAUCGAUACAACACCUCUUGCUUUAUAUAAUUUCUUUAUAGAAAGAGUUAAAGAAAAACUUCAUCUUACUUUAGCCAUGUCACCGAUUGGAGAUGCAUUUAGAAAUCGCUUAAGAAUGUUUCCUUCGUUGAUUAAUUGUUGUACAAUAGAUUGGUUUACUGUUUGGCCUGAAGAUGCUCUUGAAAAAGUUGCAGAGUAUUAUUUACAUGAUAUGUCAAUUCCUCACGAUAUUGCAAUAUCAUGUGUAACAAUUUGUAAAGAAUUUCAUACAACAGCUAGAGAUGCUUCUAUUAGGUUUUAUAAAACAUUAAAGAGAUAUAAUUAUGUUACUCCGACUUCAUACUUAGAGUUAAUCAAAAUAUUUAAAAAUUUACAUAAGAAAAAAGUAGAUGACAUUACUACUUUACGAAACAGAUAUGAAACAGGCUUAAAAAAAUUAGACUUUGCUGCUGGUCAAGUUUCUGUUAUGCAAGAUCAAUUAACUGCUCUAAGGCCAAAAUUAGUUGAAACGUCCUUAGCAACUGAAGCUCUUAUGGUUAAGAUUGAGCAAGAUACAGUUAAAGUUGAAGCUAAAAAAGAAAUAGUUGGAGCUGACGAAGCUCUUGCUAAUGAAGCUGCUGCUGCAUCUCAAGCUAUUAAAGAUGAUUGUGAAAGUGAUUUAGCUGAAGCUAUUCCAGCUCUUGAAGCAGCAGUUUCAGCUUUAAAUACUCUAAAGCCUGCUGAUAUUACUGUAGUUAAGUCAAUGAAAAACCCACCAUAUGGAGUGAAGUUGGUAUUAGAAGCAGUUUGUGUAAUGAAAGGCAUUAAAUCUGAACGUAAACCAGAUCCAAGUGGCAGUGGUCGAAUGAUUGAAGAUUUUUGGGGACCUUCACAGAAACUUAUUUCAGAUACUAAAUUUUUAGAAAGCUUAAAAACCUAUGAUAAAGAUAAUAUAGAUCCAGCAAUCAUGAAACAUAUACGAGAAAAAUACAUUAGUGAUCCAAACUUUAAUCCAGCAAGUAUCAAAUCGGUUUCUAAUGCAUGUGAAGGUCUUUGUAAAUGGGUACGAGCAUUAGAUGUUUAUGAUAAAGUGAUAAAAAUUGUGGGACCUAAAAAAGAAAAGCUUCAUCAAGCGGAAAGUGAUUAUGCAAUACAAAUGGAAAAACUUAACGAGAAAAGAGCAGAACUUUCUAGUGUAUUGAGUAAACUUCAAACAUUGAGAGAUGAACUGGCUGAAAAGACAAAAGAGAAAAAAGAAUUAGAAGAUAAUAUUGAUAUGUGUUCUCAAAAAUUGACUCGAGCAGAACAAUUAAUUAGUGGUCUUGGUGGAGAAAAAUAUAGAUGGAAUCAAACCGCUAAAGAAUUACAAUCAACUCUUGAUAAUGCAAUUGGUGAUGUAUUAUUAUCUUCAGGUGUUGUUGCUUAUCUUGGGGCAUUUACAGUUGAUUUUAGAAAUGAACUUAUUGAAAAAUGGAACCAGAAAAGUUUAGAAAUGAAUAUUCCAUGUUCAAAACAAUUUUCGUUAAUUCGUACAUUAGGAGAACAAGUAUUAAUUCGGGCAUGGAAUAUUAAUGGACUUCCAGCUGAUAAUUUUUCAAUGGAGAAUGGAAUCAUUUUAUACAGUGCUACAAGAUGGCCUCUUAUGAUUGACCCUCAAGGUCAAGCAAAUAAAUGGAUAAAAAAUGUGGAACUUCAAAAUCAAAUGUCUGUAAUUAAACUGUCAAAUUCAAAUUAUAUAACUACUUUACAAUUAGCAAUUGAACAUGGUUUACCAGUUCUUUUGGAAAAUGUACUAGAAGAAAUUGAUCCUAUACUUGAUCAAGUACUUUUAAAAAGUAUUUACAAACAAGGAGGAAUUGACUAUUUAAAAUUUGGUGAUAAUUUAUUGGAGUACAACCAUUCAUUUAGACUUUAUAUUACUACACGACUUAGAAAUCCUCAUUAUUUACCUGAUAUUGCUGUUAAAGUAACUUUACUAAACUUUAUGAUCACGCAACAAGGAUUACAAGAUCAAUUGCUUGGGAUUGUUGUUGCUAAAGAGCGACCCCAGUUGGAGGAAAAGAAAAAUAAGUUAAUAAUUGAUAGUGCUGAAAACAAUAAAUUACUUAAAGAAAUCGAAGACAAAAUAUUGCAUGUUCUUUCAUCUUCCGAGGGAAAUAUUUUAGAGGAUGAAUCAGCAAUAAAAAUUUUGUCUUCAUCAAAAUCUUUAUCAGCCGAAAUCGAAUUAAAGCAAGAAACUGCUGUCAUAACUGAAAAAGAAAUUGAUGUAGCUCGUGAUGUUUAUAUUCCUGUAUCCAAACAUUCUUCAGUUUUAUUUUUCUGUAUCACUAAUUUAAGUAAUAUUGAUCCAAUGUAUCAAUAUUCAUUAUCUUGGUUUUUAAACUUAUUUCAUCAGUCAAUAAUACAAAGUGAAAAAUCAGAUGACAUUAACGAAAGAAUAAAUAUUUUGAAUGAUUAUUUUACGUAUAGUACCUAUCGAAACAUUUGUAGAUCUUUGUUUGAAAAAGACAAAUUGAUUUUUUCUUUCAUAUUAACCACAGGAAUUUCUCGGUCAAAGGGAGAAUUGGAUGACAAAUUAUUUACAUUUUUCCUUACUGGAGGAGUCGGAUUAAAUAAUCUACAUCGAAAUCCUGCUCCCAAAUGGUUAACUGAUAAAUCAUGGAAUGAAGCUGUUAAAGCAUCUGAAUUACCAAAAUUAAACCAAUUUUAUAAAUCGAUUAUUGAUUCAAUUGAUGCAUGGAAAUUCUGGUAUGACUCGAAUAAUCCACAAGAUUUACCUAUUCCAGAACCAUUUAAAAAUAUUGAUGGUCUUGAAAAACUUAUAAUAAUAAAAUGUAUUCGUUCUGAUAAAGUAGUGCCAGCUGUUCAGCAAUAUAUUAUAAAUAGUUUGGGUCAAAAAUACAUAGAACCUCCAUCAUUUGACUUGAUGGAUUCAUAUAAAGACUCGAAUUGUUGUACACCAUUAAUAUUUAUAUUAUCUCCAGGGACGGAUCCAAUGUCAAGUUUAAUUAAAUUUUCUGAAGACAAACAAGCUAGUCCGAAUGAUUUAAUAACUAUAUCACUUGGUCAAGGACAAGGUCCAAUAGCAGCUAGCAUGAUAAAAACAGGUAUAGUGACUGGUCAAUGGGUCGUGUUACAAAACUGUCAUUUGGCUGUUAGUUGGAUGAAAGAACUUGAUCGCAUAUGUGAUGAAGACAUUGAACUAAAUCGUACUCAUAAAUCAUUUCGUCUUUGGUUAACUAGUUAUCCAUCCGACAGUUUUCCUGUUUCUAUACUACAGAAUGGAAUUAAAAUGAUUAAUGAAGCUCCAAAAGGUCUUGCAGCAAACCUAUUUCGCUCAUAUACAACAAAUCCUAUUAACAAUCCAGAAUUUUACCUUGAAUGUAAGAAGAGUUCAGAAUUGAGAACAUUAAUAUUUUCAUUAUGCUUUUUCCAUGGGAUAAUUCAAGAACGACGAAAAUUUGGUUCACUUGGUUGGAAUAUUCCAUAUGAAUUUAAUGACUCUGAUUUAAACAUUAGUGUUAUGCAGUUACAAAUGUUUUUAAAUGAUUACGAUGAAAUACCAUAUGCAGCGUUACUGUAUUUAAUUGGAGAGUGCAAUUAUGGUGGUCGAGUAACUGACGAUAAAGAUAGACGUUUAUUAUCAUCUCUACUUUCAAUAUUUUUCAACUCAGAUGUUAUUGAUCAUGAUUUGUAUACAUUUUCUGAAAGUGGAAAAUAUUACGUACCAAAAGAUACCACAUAUAAUGGGUGUUUAGAUUAUAUUAAGACUUUGCCUAUAAAUCCACAACCUGAAGUAUUCGGCUUACAUGAAAAUGCUGAUAUAACGAAAAAUAAUUAUGAAACUAAUUUGCUAUUGAACAGCACCAUUUUAACUCAAUCCCAAAUUGCAACGGGAAGCUGUGAUACAGAUGUAGAUGAUAAAAUUAUAGAGCUAGCUAAUAAUAUCGCUGAAAAUAUACCAGAUUUAUUUGAUGUAGAAGCAGCUACUGAAAAAUAUCCAAUGAAAUAUGAGCAAUCAAUGAAUACUGUUAUACGACAGGAAUUGAUUCGCUUCAACAAACUACUAGACAUAAUAAAAACAUCCUUAGUGGAAGUCCAAAAAGCUAUCAAAGGUAUUGUUGUUAUGUCAUCUGACUUAGAAGAAUUACAUACCAGUUUAGUUAUUGGUAGAGUUCCAGCUAGUUGGAUGAAUAAAUCGUACCCAUCCUUAAAACCUUUGGGUGGUUAUGUCACAGACUUAUUACAGAGAUUAAAAUUCUUACAAGAUUGGCUUGAUAACGGGAUACCAGAAGUUUUUUGGCUGUCUGGUUUUUAUUUUACUCAAUCUUUCUUAUCGGGUGUACUUCAAAACUUUUCACGUAAACAUAAAAUACCAAUAGACCAACUUGGCUUUGAGUUUGAAGUCACUAAUUUUGAAUCAGAAAUGGAAGUAAUGAAAAUGCCUGAGUGGGGAGUGUACUGUCGGGAAAAAUUGGAAAUCGAGGAAUUCAGCGUUUUUGUUAAGGGCUUAUUUUUAGAAGGAGCUAGAUGGGACAGACAUUUACUUGUAUUAAACGAGUCUUAUCCAAAAAUUCUUUUUGAUACGGUUCCAAUUAUUUGUUUCAAACCAGGAAUUAAAUCACGAUUUGAAAAAAAAUUAUACUACGAAGCUCCUAUUUAUAAAACAAGUGCUCGACGAGGUGUUCUUUCAACUACUGGUCAUUCAACUAAUUUUGUGAUGUUAAUGAAUUUCAUAAUUGAUCGGCCAAGAGAUCAUUGGAUUAAUCGAGGCACUGCUUGUUUAUGUCAAUUAGACAAUUAAUUAUAAUACAUUUUUUCUAUAAAGCUAUUUUAAAUUAAAACAAUGAGCAGAACAGUAUUAAACCAUUA